CAUGAGUUCAAUCUCUGUUGAUUAAACAUUGCUUAGCCAUGUAUAAAGUGGCUUAUGUCGACAAGGAUGUGAAAGUCUCCGCCUACGACCUGUCUGUUCGCAUCGGCGCGCCAUGGGGACUUGACCGUAUUUCUCAUCGCAACGGGACUUCUCCAGGGCUCGAAGAAUAUACUUAUGAUUCCAGCGCAGGAGGAGGAACCACCAUCUAUAUUAUUGACACUGGUGUCUACAUCGAACACGUCGAAUUUGAAGGCCGCGCCACAUUUGGCGCUAACUUCAUCCCCGGUUCGCCCGAUACUGAUGAGGAUGGACAUGGCACUCAUGUUGCCGGUAUCGCCGCUGGAGCCAACUUUGGUGUUGCCAGCAAGGCCAAGAUUAUCGCCGUCAGAGUCCUCGAUGCCAAUGGAGACGGUAAGGGCUCCAACGUCCUCGCAGGUAUGCAAUGGGCCGCAGAUGACGCCGGAAAGAAGAACCAGACUGCGAAGUCAGUCAUCAACAUGUCCCUAGGUGCGGAUUACUCGGAAGCCUUCAACAAGGCCACCGAGGCCAUCAUCGCCAAGGGCAUUGUUGUCGUCGCCGCCGCCGGAAAUGAAGACGCCAAUGCCUCUGGCGUAUCCCCUGCGUCUACUGUGGACGCCAUCACCGUCGGCGCGACAGACAGAAAUGACAGCCGCGCCGCGUUUUCGAACUGGGGAGUAGCUCUUGACGUCUUCGCCCCGGGUGUUGACAUUCUCUCCGCCUGGAUCGGCGGGAAAGAUGCCAACAAAACCAUCUCGGGUACUAGCAUGGCCUGCCCUCACGUCGCGGGGCUUGCAGCUUAUUUCAUUGGUCUGGAGAAGAACGGAACCAGCACACCGUCCAAGAUCGCUACCAAGAUCAAGGGGGUCGCUACGAAGAACGUUGUGCUUCAUCCGAAGAACAGCCGCGACAACCUUGCUUAUAACGAUGAUGGUUACUGA